GUUGCAGAUGUCACCAGUGAUAAUUUUUCUUACUGUCUUUUUCGGUGCCGUGGCCCCCGAGACAGUGAGGGAGCCCCAUGGUGAUAGAGCAGUGCCUUGGGUCAGCGGCGUCGCGAGGGAGAUGGGAAGAGCCGCUGGCCAUGUGUUGUCUUCGCUCCCCGAGGCCAGAAGAAGAGCGAGUGGCCAUGUACAUGUGUGUUUUCAUGGCGGGCCUGGUAAGCGCAGAUAUCAACUUUCUAAGGGCGAUGGUGUCUGGAGGUGAGGAGGGAGGGGUGGCCCUCACCGUCUGGACCACACCUGCCUGGGGGUCACUUCUGGAGCGCACCACUUAUCAUACCAGAGCCACACAUGUCUUAGUGGGGCCCGCUAUGUGGCUACAGGACUGGCUUGGCAUAGUUCAAAAGAAGACUGCCAUUAAUAACAUUGGCAAACAGAUGACGCAGUGGUUAUUUAUUUCAACCCAGAACAAAAACAGGGACUUUCAGGAAGCACUGGUGCAUCGUCUACCAGAGCAACUGCACUUCCUUCUCCUUCAGAGGGUCAGCCGGCCGUCAUCUCUCCCUCUCAGCCGGAGCACCACUAAAUACAUGCACUGGCAGAGAAAGGGACAAAGAGGUACAAGAAAUGAGGAUGAGGAUGGUUCUGGAAUUCAAGGAGUGAAAAAUUGUACAAAAGACUGGUGCUUAGUGGAGGGAAAAGUUGAGGCAGUGGAUUUAGGUGAUGGAAAAUAUGCAGCUUUCCAUCAACACAGUACAGCUGGAGGAGCUCUUCAUUUCAAGCCGAGAGCUGAAGGAGAAAGCUUAAAGGUGUUCUUAAGCAAUGCUGCUGGUGAAAGCCUUGAGCAAGUAGGAGACUCUAGGAUAAUGUUGCAUGGAAGUACAGUGGUUACAGGCAAAGGAAAAGGUCUUGAAUCUUUGGCUAGAGAUAUUAGAAGUAAGAAAAUUAUGUUCUCUAGAAAUACAGACCCCACUGAUAAUGAUAUGAGCUCUACAUCAGAAGACAAACCAAAGAGACUUACAGAAACCUUUCACCAAAUUUCAAGAACUUCCUUGACUUUAGAUGAGGUUGCCAUUGAGCUCCUGAUGGCUGUGUAUAGGAGUAAUGGCAGUGCCUCCUUCAAGAAGCGAGGGUAUUGGAGCACUGCCCAGGAGUUGGUCCUGAAUGGGCCUCUUCAAGCUCCUCCUGCUCCUUACUUUGGUGGGAGAAUCCUCACCCUCACCACCCUUCAUAAACCAGGAGUAUUUGAGCCACACUCCAGUGGGCGGAUGGAUGCAGCAGGAGGGUACAUCGCUGAGAUACUGAGGGACCUGCAGCACCACCUCCACUUCACCUCUCUCGUCACCACCACCAACGCCUGGGGCACCAAGAGGAAUGACACCUGGAAUGGGAUGGUCGGGUUCCUUACUCGACGGGAGGCAGAUCUUGCACCCUUAGACUUCUCCCCAUCAUGGACUCGCCUCCCUGUGGUGGACUUUAGCGAGGUGUUCAGCACAGAUGGCAUCAUCAUCAUAUCCCAGGCACCGAGGCCCCUCAUGCCUCCCUUUCUUCUGCUGCAGGUGUUCUCCAUUGGGGUGUGGGCUUCUGUUGUGGCAGUGGGACUUCUAGCUGGCAAUGCACUCUGGGGGCUGGAAUGUAUCUACAAUUACUAUACCAAAUCAGAAUCCAAACAGUUAUCUACUACAUCAAACCAUCACUAUCCAUCCUACUGGGAAACUUUGGCUGUGGUACUCAAGCUCUUUCUUGUCCAGAGUAGUAGCAAGAGGCAAUGGAGUCGCUUGUGGUCUGGACGCAUCCUCUCCUCAUUCUUCUUCCUGGUGGCACUCUCGGUCGUGGCUCUCUAUCAGGGUUCCAUCAUCGCCUUCCUGGCCGUCCCACGCAACACUCAGCCCAUUGACUCAGCUGCUGACCUCAUGGAACGGCUAGACUCUGUGGUGCCAAUUGUCAGGAAGAACACCGUUUAUUAUAACUUUAUCGUGAACUUUGAGAGCUACCGUCCUAUUGCCAACAACUUCAAAUUCUACCUAGACUCCUUCCUUAAUACGUGGAACUUCUUCCGCCAUGUAGAAGCCGGAGAGUACGCCCUUAUAGAUACUUACUCAUCAGGCGUGGGUCGGGCAGCCAACUUUGAGGCUCAGGGGAAGAAGUGUCGCUUUUAUGCCUCCAGGAAGCUGAUGAAGACUGACCUUGACCUCAUGAUCCACCCUCAGAAUUCUGUCUACAGGCACCACAUUGACCAGGCGUUGCGCCAACUUCGCUCCUUUGGCCUCAUUGACAAAAUCAAGUCAGACUAUUUCAGCUCCCCCUGCAGCCAAGAGACAGGCCAGCGGGAUCCUCUCUCUCUUUCCCUCACACAGAUGCAGAGUGCCUUCUAUGUGCUGGCUGUAGGCAACACUUUCUCCUUCCUCUGCUUCAUAGUGGAACUUGCUGCUGCUUGUGUAGACUGUGCACCACAUGGAACGUAGGCAGUUGAGGGACUAAGAGACAAGGAAGGUGAAUCCGAAACAAACCAAAGACUAACCGCAAGUUUUGCUCGAAGAACUCUUUGCUUCUCCUCCUCAGCAGCCUGGGCCUCGUCGCGCCUCACCCGAGCAAUGUUCUCCUUGGUGCGGACGUGCCAUCUGUGGGAUGGAAGAAUGUGGUGAUGAACUGACCAUCACUCUCCUUUUCCUUAGUUAUGACUGACCAAAGUAUAAAGAAUCAAACAAGAAUAAAAAAUAAAAAUAAGAAACAGCA